AUGUCCCAAGAAUACAAAUUGAAAGAUAUUCAGUCCUUCGCAUCCCUCAACUCUCUGGACAAGAUUGAGGUCGACAUCGAAGGUAUUGAAGGUGGGAAGGUUCUUCUCAUCAAGUUAGACGAUAAAGUCCAUGCUCUCAGUCCGCGGUGCUCGCAUUACGGAGCACCUUUAAAGAAUGGCGUUGUUACCGGAGAAGGAAGGCUUACUUGUCCUUGGCAUGGAGCCUGCUUCAAUGUCACAACUGGCGAUGUAGAAGACGCCCCAGCACCUAAUGCGUUGAACAAAUUCGAAGUCUUCGAAAAAGAAGGCGGCGUGUACAUCAUUGCUAAAGAAGAAGAUGUCAAAGCAGGACAGCGCAAUCCAGUGGUGAAAUGUAGCGUGUCACAGCCGGAUGAGAAGCUUGUUGUGGUUGGAGGAGGAAGCGGGACUCUUGGCCUUAUUCAAGCCAUCCGCGAACUCAAAUAUCCCGGGGCCAUUACAAUCAUCUCCAAAGAGCCCGAUCUGAUAAUAGAUCGAACCAAGCUAUCAAAAGCCCUAAUCACAGACCCGGCCAAGAUCCAGUGGCGGCCACGAGAGUGGUACACCGAAGCCGCCAUAGAAACCAUCACAGAUGAAGUGACAGCCGUGGACUUCGAACAGAAAACAGUCUCAACCAAAUCCGGCCAGAACAUCUCUUACACCAAACUAGUCCUAGCAACAGGCGGCGUCCCACGCACCCUUCCGUUGCAAGGAUUUAAGGGCGAACUAAACAACGUUUUUACCCUCCGCACGAUCCAAGAUGUUCAGUCAAUCCUCGCAGCCGCUGGUGAAGAAAAAAGAAACAUCGUGGUAAUCGGCAGCUCCUUCAUCGGCAUGGAAGUCGGCAAUGCGCUCUCAAAAUCCCAUAACGUGACAAUAGUAGGCAUGGAAAGCUCCCCAAUGGAGCGCGUAAUGGGUACACAAGUCGGCCGCAUCUUCCAAGGAAACCUAGAAAAAUCCGGCAUCAAAUUCAACCUCUCAGCAAACGUAAGCUAUGCAGCCGCCUCACCCUCAAACACCCACAACGUCGGCGCAGUCCACCUAAAAGACGGCACAACCCUCCCAGCCGACCUCGUCAUCCUAGGAGUCGGCGUUCGCCCAGCAACAGAUUUCCUCCGCGACAACAAAUCCAUCUCACUCGAAAAGGACGGCUCUAUCAAAACAACGGCCCACUUCCUCGUCCCGGGCUUGCAAGACUCCGUUUUCGCCAUUGGAGAUAUUGCAACAUACCCAUACUUUGGCCCUGGUGCUGACGCUACGGGUACGCCAGUCCGCAUUGAGCACUGGAACGUCGCGCAGAAUUCUGGGCGUGCGGCUGCCCGCGCGAUUGUGCAUACGCAGCGUGGUCCGCUUUCCUCUCUGAAACCUAAGACGUUUAUUCCAGUGUUUUGGUCGGCGCUUGGGGCGCAGUUAAGGUACUGUGGAAAUCCGGUCAACGGGUUUGAUGAUGUUAUUGUGCAAGAGAAGGGGGAGGCCAAGUUUGUUGCGUUUUACACGGCUGGGGAGACCGUUGUGGCGGUUGCUAGUAUGGGGGUUGAUCCCGUUAUGUCUAAGUCUUCGGAGUUGAUGAGGGCUGGUAAGAUGCCAGGGAAAGCAGAGAUUCUUGCUGGUGCAGAUGUUUUGUCUCUGAAGGUCUAG